UGGCCGGGCCGCUGGCGGCGGGGAGGGGACCGCGCUCGCCCUCGGGGCUCCGCCGCGCCCGCGGGCCGCUCCUCGCGCCGAGCACCGGCCGCUCUCCUCGCGCCUCCGCCGGGCCGGCAGCCGCUGCCCCGGCGCGGUGUGCGGGGGGAUGGCGGCGAAGGGACCGGGCGGGCCGCGGUGGUGGCAGAACCGGCGGGCGCGGCUGCUGUGCAUGCUGGCGCUCACCUUCCUCUUCUUCGUGGUGGAGGUGGUGGUGAGCCGGGUCACGUCGUCGCUGGCCAUGCUCUCCGACUCCUUCCACAUGCUCUCCGAUGUCAUGGCCCUGGUCGUGGCGCUGGUGGCCGUGCGCUUCGCCCAGCGCACCCGCGCCACCAAGAAGAACACCUUCGGGUGGGUGCGGGCCGAGGUGAUGGGUGCCCUCGUCAACGCCGUCUUCCUCACCGCCCUCUGCUUCACCAUCCUGCUGGAGGCCAUCGAGCGCUUCACGGAGCCCCAUGAGAUCCAGCAGCCGCUGGUGGUCAUCGGCGUGGGGGUGGCGGGGCUCAUCAUCAACCUCCUGGGGCUCUGCCUCUUCAACCACCAUGGUGUCGGGGGCCAUGGCCAUUCCCACGGCCACGGGCACUCGCACAGCGGCAGGCGGCACUCCCGCAGCGGCCCCAAGCCUGAGCAGCCCCCUGGGGAUGGCGAAGCUGCGCUGCACCGGGAGGAGACCAGCACCUUAGUGGAGAACUGCAGCAGUUCCAACGGGGUCAGCCAGGAGAAGCUGGGUGAUAUGAAAGAUGACAUGACUGACCUACAAGUGAAUGGGAAUGCUGGUCAUUAUCCUGUGGAUGUAGCGGAGGUUGAAGAAGACUCCAGUGCGCAGCUUAACAUGCGUGGAGUUUUUCUGCAUGUUUUUGGAGAUGCCUUAGGUUCAGUAAUUGUGGUAGUGAAUGCCUUGCUCUUUUAUGGGUUGUGGAAUCCAUGCCCCAAAGAUGGGCCCUGCUUUAAUCCGUGUGUCAAUGACCACUGCAUGGAAAACGCUACUUUAUCCCAAACGCUUGGCAGAGGAAACAGUUCUGAGCAAGAGAGCAUUACGGUGGCUGGUCCAUGCUGGUUGCUAUAUUUAGAUCCUGUCCUUUGUUUGAUUAUGGUUUGCAUACUCCUUUACACAACUUACCCGUUACUUAGAGAGUCAGCCCUUAUACUUCUACAGACUGUUCCCAAACAAAUAGAUGUUCAUUCUUUGAACUCAAAAUUACGUACCCUUGAAGGAGUUGAAGCAGUCCAUGAAUUACACAUUUGGCAGCUGGCAGGCAGUAGGAUCAUUGGGACUGCGCACAUAAAGUGUCCUGACCCUUCCACAUAUAUGAUGGUGGCAAAGCGCAUCAAAGAGAUCUUUCAUGACGAAGGGAUUCACGCGACUACCAUUCAGCCUGAGUUUGCCAGUGUUGGCUCUGAAUCAGGGAGAGGGAAAUGUGAGUUUCCUUGCAGGACCCAGUGUGCUUUGAAGCAGUGUUGUGGAGCAGGAGAAGAUAGUACUGCAAAGAAGACAGAAAAAUCUUCAUCGCUUAGUAUUUCUUGUUCAGAAGUUGUCGUUGAAAUUGCGAAAACCAGGAGGACUAAGUCAGAGAGCGUCCCUUCAGUUAAGCUAGAGGCAAACACGGAUCAAAAUGAGCAGUUUGAAUCAUCUUUGUAACUCCCCAAACGGUGCUACCUGAAUUUUGGUGACUUUGACAACAACUGUAUUGCCAGAGGAAGAGACAGACGUUUGAAAUGCAAUUUUGCUAAGUAGUGUAAUUGCUGAAGUACUUGUUCUUGUCAUAUUGCUAAAUCUAGGAUGCUUAUUUUAAAGAACAUAAUGUCACUGUCAUGAUACAAUGUGUUUGUGUUGACUUUGUCCUGAGACAGACAGAAAGUGCGCGGAUGCUGUAACAACUUCAGAAAACCAGUUGCAACAUUUCAGCAGAGACGCUUUCUGCUGUGUUCCAAAUAAAAAUAUAUUUUUCCAGUGAAGAGGUGUUUGAGGAAUAAGCAUGUAGGAACUCAAUUUGUGUUACAGAUUUCUUGGACCUCCUCUUUCCUUUAAUAUUUGAUUUGUAGAUAUUUUAAUAUAUUGUUUAUUUAGAAGCUCUAAGGAAACCAAAGUUCAUAGAACAUUUUAAAAGAUAUAACUACUUAAAACUGGAAACCACUUUGCAGUUUCACCUAUUUUUCUUAAACCUAUAUAAUAAUAAAUGUGAAGGCUUUUCUAAUGAAUAUAUCGUAUAGCAUAUUUUGAAGAGAACAUCAUGUGAUUGUUAGAGACUGACCCCACUCUUUCGGAUAAGGUAGCGAGGUAAUUAAAAUCAACUGCUUGUGAAAAGUAUCAGAUGUGAAAGGGGUUUUUUCUGUCAGAAUGGAAGUUCAAGCUACUGUAUACUGCUCUGGGAUCAAGAUACGAGACUGGCCGAUAAAGUAAUGCAUACUUUCAUAUUUUAUGGAUUUUCUGGUGUUUUUCCUUAUUUCCAAGUUGUAUCUGGUCAUAAAAGUCUUGACUCACAGUGCUAUGAAUGAAAAACUGGAGCUUCAUUUUUAACUGAUGCUCAGUUUGCUAAGAUAAAAGAAUUACUUAUUUGUGCUCUGUCAGGGAAACUCUGCCAAGCACUGACACUGUAACUUGUGCUUUUAAAGUAGCCUCCGUAACAAUUCAGUGGCGCGUUUUGCUUGUAGUCGCGUGUCUGUAAGCACUUGCAGUGACUGCGGUCCUGGUCCCCACAGUGUCCCUAGGAGCCUUCCACUGACUUGUGAGGAAAUAGGGCAGGGAGCAGGAUUUCAUUCACAGUGUAUUUCACACUUUGAGAUGUUUACGUAUGACAUAAUUUCAUUUAUAUUAAAUAUUCAAAUCUGUGGUUUGAAAUGUUAACUCAGUUAAUUGACAACUGGCUCUAAAGAAGCUGUUACAGUAUGCUACCAACUUACACCUUAUCAGAGGAGAGAAUGGCCUAUGGACUCUGAAUUUGGCAGAGGCUAGAUAAGAAUUGAAGAUAAAACAUACAAGGAAUCUAAUAUAAAACCCUGACCCUUUUGAUCCACACUCAAGUUAUGUAUGGGAAAUGUCUUGUGAUUAAAUCAACUGCUCCUGUGCUCAAAACUGGAAAACAGGUCGGAUCUUCCAUUGUUUGCUCUAUGACUCUGGACAUGAUAAACACUCUGCCUCAGUUUCCCUGUCUUAGGAUGGGGAUAAUACCUACCUCACAGGGGUGUUGUGAGGCUUAACUCUUGUGUGAAGCGCUCUGAGAUCUGUUACUGGAAGGCACUGGAAGGAGUACAAGAUACUAAAUUACGUGGUAUUUUCUCCUUCUGCAAAUGAAUUGCAAUACCUAGGCACAACAGAGGAACUGAGGAUAGUUUUGGCCUUAUGAAAUUCUUUAAUGCUGUGGUUUUCAGGCUUUUAACAGUGUUUAAGUAUAGAUUUUUUUUUUUUUACGAAUAUUUUGUUAGUGAAGGGAAUGUAGCUUUGCCUCCAGACGCAGAAUGCCUCACUAGUUCGCAUUUCUAAUGCGUGUCUCGUAUGAUAAUUGCUCCUAAGUAGCUCACAAUAAUCUGCUGCUCGUCCGACCUCCAGGUCGUGUCAGUGGUCUUCCCCAAUGUUUUAGCAGAGCAUUGCAGUCAACUCUCGAUUAUCCAUGGGUGGAUUACCAGUGUUGUGUAUUAACCCUGCAGUCUACAGGCCCAGACUAGCUCUGUGUCGUAUACCAAUGCGCUGGCCGAAUGCUGUGUGCCAAAGCACUGGUCCAGUUUCACGCGAGCCCCCUCUCGCAGAGCGUGUUGGCUUGAGCACAGCCCAGCACCCUGCAGUUAUUAAUGUUUUGCUUCGUGGCUCCUCGGAUGCAUCCAUGAGAAGCUGCAGGGUGUGGAUGGGUUGGUUCAACUUUGCGCUCGCUUCAUUUGCCUUUUUCCGUGUUUAUGCUUGUUGUAUAGUCUCAUAAACUAACUUAAAUAUGUUAAUAUAGUAUUUAUACAUGUUUUUGUUUUGUCUGAAUUAUCUUAACUCUUUCUCCUGUUACCUGUAUAUGAUCUAGAGUUGACUGUUAAAUGAGAUCUUGUAAUGAGACUACAUUUGCAAAAUAUGCUACCACUGCUAGUAUACUACAAAGUAUUAACCAAGUAAAUUUUGAAAUGAACGAAGUA